AUGUCUGAAGUCCAGAAGACCGUUGAGGAGACCCCCGUGGCCGUCCCUAUCAUUGAGACCCCUGUCCCUGAGACUCUGGCUGAAGUUCCUGAGGAGGCCACCGAGGCCGCCGAGCCCACUGCCACUCCCGCCAUCGAGAGCACCGACGCUGCUGAGCCCGUCAAGGAGGAGGUGAAGCCCGCUACUGAGGGUGUUCUGGGUUACAAGGCCCCUGGUCUGGUCAAGGGCUUCCGCUUCGCGAAGCGCUUCUUCUACUUCAACGAGGAGGCCGUUGAGAGCAAGCAGCUCUCUGGCUUUCACCAGAACGAGAAGGCAGCCGUUGCCAACCCCACCGCCGCCUGGGCCAGCCAGACUGGCAAGGGUCUGCUUUUCUACACCAAGCGCGCCGAGGACAAGGCCACACCCGCUGGCAUUUUCAACCUCGCCGAUGUCUCUGAUGUGACCAAGGAGGGGUCUAGCGAGUUUAUCUUCAAGGUUGCUGGCCACAAACACACCUUCCAGGCCUCCAGCGCGGCCGAGCGUGACAGCUGGGUUAUCGCUAUCGAGACCCAGGCCACCGCAGCCAAGGCCGAGAAGGAGACCAUCACCUCUGGUGAGGGCUAUAAGGCCGAGCUCGAGAAGCUGACCAAGCCUGCCGUUGCCGUUGCCGCCGCCAAAAAGCCCGAGGAGAGGAAGUUUGAGGACAAGAAGGAGGAAACCCCCGCUGUGGCUGAUGAGGCCGCUCAGGAGGAGCACAAGGAUGAGAAGUCUCCUAAGAGUCGUUCUCAGUCCCGCAAGCGCACCAGCAUCUUCGGUUCCCUUCUCGGUAAGAAGGACACCGAAGAGAAGCGCGAGGAGACUCCCGCUGCUGAGGAGACCAAGUCUGCCGCCGAACAUGCUGCCGAGCCCACUGCUGAGCCUGCUGCCGAGCCUGCUGCCGAGCCUGCUGCUGAGCCUACUGCUGAGCCCUAUUCCGAGGCUGCCAUUCCUGUUGUUGCUGAGCCCACUGAGGCUGUUGCUGCCCCCGCCGAGGUUGUCGAGUAUGCUGCUGAGACCCCCACUGAGACCUCCGAGGCUGCCAAGGAGGAGGUGAAGGAGGAGGCGAAGGAUGAGGUGAAGGAUGAGAGGAAGGAUGAGAAGAAGUCCGAGAAGAAGGCCAAGCGUGCGUCCAUCUUCGGCACCUUCUUCCAGAAGGUCGCCAGCCCAUCCCAUGAGAAAUCUGAAAAGGAGGUUACUGCCCUUGCUGCUGUGGGGACUCCUGUCGCGAACACCGCUCCUCAGCUCGAGAGCCCCGUCGAUGAGGCCUCAAAGCCCACCGAAGCCGAGGCCGUGACUGCUCCCGCUGAGGCCGUUGAGGCCCCUGCUGCCGAUACUCUUGCUGCCGAGCCCGUCUCCAGCCCCAAGGAGAAGCGCCGCACCUCUUUCUUCGGCAACCUUGGCAUCAAGAAGGAGAAGAAGGCUGACUCUGACAACGAAGUCACCGACGGUGAGGCCAAGGAGACCAAGACCAAGAAGCGCGGUGGGAUUUUCCGCAAGCCCAGCAAGGCUGUCAAGCUUGACAAGGAGGAGGUCACUGCCGCCGAGACCGAGGCUAAGGCUGAGGCCUCUGAAGAGGUACCUGCCGUCUCUGCCAAGGAGACCGCCACUGAUGCCCCCGCUGUCGUCGAGGAGACCUCCGAGGCCGUUGAGACUGCCGAGGACUCCAAGAACAUCAAUGUUGCCGCCACCACCCCUGUUCAGGCUGCCGCGUGA